GUCCUGGAUCUUCGGCAGGGACGAGCUCGUCGCUGACGCCAAGGAAAUGCUCUCCAACGGUGCGACGGGCAUGCUGAUCGGCGGCCUGCUGACCGGCGACCGCGGCGUGGGCAUGGUCGGAAACGCCGUCCUCUGUGCGAACGUGGCUCGAGCGCAUGUCAGGGCGCUGGACCCCGCCGUUGAGGGGAACCAGUCCUUUCUCCUCAAUGCCGAGCCAAGGUGGGAGGACACGGUUCCGAUUGCCAAGAAGCAUUUCCCGGAGGCUUUCAGAUCAGGCCUCUUUCGGGAGGGUGGUUGGCAGCCGCCGACUAUACCCCUGAAGUGGGACUCAAGUAAGGUAUGUGCUCGUGAUUGUAUCGAUACGUCUUUGUCUUGGGUGGUGUUAAUUUGAGAUUCAACAGGCGCGAGACGUUCUUGGCAUUGACCUUGCACCAUAUGACACGAUGGUGAAGGAGGUGGUUGGGCAAUACUUAGAACUAGCGAAGAGAAAGGACCAAUGA